UGUAGGCGCCCGCGGAGCCGCAGAAGCCCGCCGAGCUGCGCCUGGCGCGCCACCUUCCGCCGCAAGCCCGACGCUGCCCUCCCGCCGCGCCCCGCUCGCGGCCCCCUGCCCGGGCACCAUGGACACCUCCUCGGCCGGCUUGCUCCUGGCCUUGCCCGUCCUGCUCCAGCUGGCGGCCGGGGGCGGCUCGCCGAGGCCGGGCGCGCUGCUGCGGGGGUGCCCCGCGCACUGUCAGUGCGAGGCGGACGGCAGGAUGCUGCUCAGGGUGGACUGCUCCGACCUGGGGCUUUCGGAGCUGCCCUCCAACCUCAGUGUCUUCACCUCCUACCUAGACCUGAGUAUGAACAACAUCAGUCAGCUUCCCCCGAAUCCUCUGCACGGUCUCCGCUUCCUGGAGGAGCUACGUCUUGCCGGAAACGCUUUGACAUACAUUCCCAAGGGAGCAUUUGCUGGCCUUUACAGUCUUAAAGUUCUUAUGCUGCAGAAUAAUCACCUAAGACAGGUACCCACAGAAGCUCUACAGAAUUUGCGAAGCCUUCAAUCACUGCGUCUGGAUGCCAACCACAUCAGCUCCGUGCCCCCCAGCUGUUUCAGUGGCCUGUAUUCUCUGAGGCACCUGUGGCUGGAUGACAACGCUCUGACAGAAAUCCCUGUCCAGGCUUUGAGGAGUUUAUCAGCACUGCAGGCCAUGACCUUGGCCCUGAACAAAAUACACCACAUACCAGACUACGCCUUUAGAAACCUCUCCAGCUUGGUGGUUCUGCAUCUCCAUAACAAUAGAAUCCACUCCCUGGGAAAGAAAUGCUUUGAUGGGCUCCACAGCCUGGAGACUUUAGAUUUAAAUUAUAAUAAUCUUGAUGAAUUCCCCACUGCAAUCAGGACACUGUCCAACCUUAAAGAACUAGGAUUUCAUAGCAACAAUAUCAAGUCGAUACCUGAGAAAGCCUUUGUAGGCAACCCUUCUCUUAUUACAAUGACUUUGAAUGGCGCCUCACAAAUAACUGAAUUUCCUGAUUUAACUGGUACCGCGAGCCUGGAGAGUCUGACUUUAACUGGAGCACAGAUCUCAUCUCUUCCUCAAACUGUCUGCGAUCAGUUACCGAAUCUCCAAGCGCUAGAUCUAUCUUAUAACCUGCUAGAAGAUUUACCCAGUUUUUCAGUCUGCCAAAAGCUUCAGAAAAUAGACCUGCGACAUAAUGAAAUGUGUGAGAUUCGAGCCAACACCUUCCAGCAGUUGUUUAGCCUCCGCUCUCUGAAUUUAGCUUGGAACAAAAUUGCCAUUAUUCACCCCAAUGCAUUUUCCACUUUGCCAUCUCUAAGAAAGCUGGACCUAUCAUCCAACCGCCUGUCGUCUUUUCCUGUAACUGGGUUACAUGGUUUAACUCACUUAAAAUUAACAGGAAAUCAUGCCUUACAGAGCUUGAUAUCAUCUGAAAACUUUCCAGAACUCAAGGUUAUAGAAAUGCCUUAUGCAUAUCAGUGCUGUGCAUUUGGAGUAUGUGAGAAUGUCUAUAAAAUUUCUAAUCAAUGGACUAAAGGCGACAACAGCAGUGCAGAUGACCUUCAUAAGAAAGAUGCUGGAAUGUUUCAAGUUCAAGAUGAGCGUGAUCUUGAAGAUUUCCUGCUUGAUUUUGAGGAAGACCUGAAAGCCCUUCAUUCGGUGCAAUGCUCACCUUCCCCAGGCCCCUUCAAACUCUGCGAAUACCUGUUCGGUAGCUGGCUGACCCGCAUUGGAGUGUGGACCAUAGCAGUUUUGGCACUGACGUGUAAUGCCCUGGUGACCUCAACCGUGUUCAGAGCCCCUCUGUACAUUUCCUCCGUAAAACUGUUAAUUGGGUUAAUAGCCGUGGUGAACAUGCUCACGGGGGUCUCCAGUGCUGUGCUGGCUGGCGUCGAUGCCUUUACUUUCGGCAGCUUUGCGCAGCACGGUGCGUGGUGGGAGCAGGGGGUCGGCUGCCAGGUCGUCGGGUUUUUGUCCAUUUUUGCUUCGGAAUCCUCGGUUUUCCUGCUUACCCUGGCAGCCCUGGAGCGUGGGUUCUCUGUGAAAUGCUCUGCGAAAUUCGAAACGAAAACUCCUUUUUCCAGUCUGAAAGCAAUCGUUGUGCUCUGCGCCGUGCUGGCCGUGACCGUCGCCGCGGUUCCCCUGCUGGGCGGCAGCGAGUACAGCGCCUCCCCGCUCUGCCUGCCGCUGCCCUUUGGGGAGCCCAGCGCCACAGGCUACAUGGUGGCCCUCGUCUUGCUCAAUUCCCUUUGCUUCCUCGUGAUGACCAUUGCCUACACCAAGCUCUACUGCAAUUUAGAAAAGGGAGACCUGGAGAAUAUUUGGGACUGUUCUAUGGUGAAGCACAUUGCUUUGUUGCUCUUCACCAACUGUAUCCUUUACUGCCCGGUGGCUUUCUUGUCCUUCUCCUCUUUACUGAACCUCACAUUCAUCAGCCCUGAAGUAAUUAAGUUUAUCCUUCUGGUGAUUGUCCCCCUUCCUGCAUGUCUCAAUCCCCUUCUCUACAUCCUCUUCAAUCCCCAUUUUAAGGAGGAUCUGGGGAGCCUGGGAAAGAAAACCCACUUCUGGACAAGAGCGAAACACACAAGCCUGAUGUCUAUUAACUCUGAUGAUGUUGAGAAACAGUCCUGUGACUCAACCCAGGCCUUGGUAACCUUCACCAGUGCCAGCAGAGCCUAUGACCUGCCUUCCAAUUCUGGGUCACCACCAGCUUAUCCGAUGACCGAAAGCUGUCAUCUUUCAUCUGUGGCAUUUGUCCCAUGUCUCUAAUUAAUAUGUGAGAGAAAGUUUUCAAAAAUUGAAAACCCAAAAAUGUGAGGUUGAGUAUAUCAGAGCAGUAACUAAAAAGAGCUGAGUUGAAACUUUAGAAAAAAAAAAAAAACCUCUCAGUGUCAAAAAGCUGAUAAUUAUUGAUACAAGAGAGUGAAAAAUAAGUCUAAAUGCUGCUUAUAUAACUCGUUCAGCUAUAUAACUCAGUCACACUAUUCAGGUAAGCCUAAAAUAUAUAUAAAUAUUUAAAAAACAGAUUGAAAUGUUCAAAAAAUUCUCCAUGAUUUCAACUGAAUUCUUUUUCAACUCACUUGCUUACGAAAGGGGUUUUAAACCAGAAAACCCCUUCAUAUAUGGUUGGAGGUAUUAGGAAAAUAAGAGUUUUUAAAUGGCCUACAUUACUAAGUAAUGGUUGUGACCAAUAGGAUUUCAUUUUAAUGACCAUGUGGAGAUGUUUUAGUACUGCUUCACCUUUCCUCAGAAAGGAUCCUUCCAGGUCACCAAUACCCCUGUGAAUGGAUAACAUAAGGCACUAUUAAUUCAUUCAUAGUCACAUCAUUUUUAGAGAUGCUAGAUUUUAUGUACCAGCACUAGAUGGUUCCACCCUCAGUGGAAUAAAACUGCUUACAAAUAUUUUGAAAGGAAAAUGAACUUAAAUUCAUAAAUUGCCAUGAAGGCAGUGACGUACAGAUGAGGUUCUCUUGUCUAAUUCAUUUUUAACUCCUUGGUGCCCAGAGGUUCGAAGAAAACUCCAUUGCCGGCAAUGGACAUACGCAGAAAAGACGGUAAGCAACCUGGGAUUAUUUUCCCCCUGGGUGAGUGCACGUUUUUCACAGGAGGUUUUAUCACUUGAUUCAAACUGAUGUGCAUCAUAAGGUAACAAUCAAAUGGAGACACAGCAUAAACUAAAUCCACUGGCAUAACUUCUUACAUGUAUCUCUAGUAGCUUUAGCAACAAUGUCUGAAACCACUUUUGACUCAACAGAAACUUGGUAAUAUAUUAUCCUGUUUAUGUAGCUUGGUUUUAGCUAUGUUGUCUUUGGAUCAACCCACCUGAUGUCAAGAACAUGACUUCUCUGCUUAUUCCAUAUUUAAUACAUGUGUUAGGUAUUGUACAAGGCAAAAUUAUUAAAUACUAAAGGUCAAAGGAUUAAUUCAUAAUUUCUAUUAUACUACAUUAGCUUCAAUACAUCCAAACCAAAAGACUGUUAGGUAGAUUUAUUUUUAUAUAAGCAUGUUUAUUUUGAUCAGAUGUUUUAACUUGGAAUUGAGAAAAAUACAUUUAUGAGAUGUUUUAUAAGAUGUGUAAAUAUAGAACUGUAUUUAUUACUACAGUAAAGAUUCAGUAAUACUAAGGACCAUGAUAAUAAACCAUGUACAGUGGCAUAUUCUUCCAUAUAUAUUGUGUUUCUCUGCCCAUUUUCUUUAAAUUCAUUAACUGUAUGUAAUAUAUGUAAAUGUAUAUAGUACUUGUAAAUAGACUCCAAACUUGCUUUUCUAUUAGGUACAAAAUAAAAGAAAUUUGUAAUA